AUGGCACUUUGGGGCACACUGUGUCAUCGUAUGGGCGGUUCUGUGCCCACAGACUCGAGCGAGUUUGUGAAGGAGUUUUUCGACAAGACGCCUGAGGAUCCACAAUGGAAACUUGGUGUUGUUCAGAAGGAAACAGAGAAAUUUAUUGCCGCGCAACUGGCUGAAAAGCGUCGCGGUAUUGCACUCAUUACGUCUGGUGCUACGAUUGUCCCUUUAGAUCCCAAGAACGAUACGUUUGUAGACGCUGCACCGCAAAUGCAAGAGCAACAAGGUCCUGCCUGUGCUGAGUAUUUUCUACAACUGGGCUACGCUGUUAUUUUUGUACACCGAGAAGAUUCACUGCGGCCCUUUACACGCCAUUUCCACAAGUACAUCCAGAACGGAGCUUUUAUGGACAUGUUUCGCUUGGAGGAUAUUGGACUAGUUCUCUCUGGCGUCGACAUUCCGCAGCAGCUGCAGUUCCAGAAGGUUACGCAGCUUUACUCUGCUUACAAUACCCGUGUGCUGCAUUUGAGCUUUACAUCUGUGCAACAAUAUUUAAUGCUGACGCGGCUUACAGCAAAAGCCAUGGAAGUUGCCAAGGAUCGUGGGAUUGUUGUGUUAGCUGCCACUCUGAUGGACUUCUACGUUCCUGUGGACCGUUUAGCCACAACAACCGAAGCUUCGGAUGUUACGGAUAAUGCAUCGACGUCGUCAUCGAUAUCGUUGUCGACGUCAUCCUCAUCGUCAAAGCAGAGCAAAACCAAGCACAUAAAAAAGUUUGCGAAGAAAGCCGCCAAGAAGAAGAGUGAUGAGUUCUCCGUCAAUUUUGUACGUGUCCCAAACAUAGUUCGAAGCAUUCGUAAGGACUGGUGCCCCAAGGCUUUUAUUGUUUCGUGCAAACAUCAGCUUGCAAGUGGCGAGGCAAUCGAGUGUGCACACAAUGAUUUGGAGAAGUGGGGUGUCGACGUGAUUGCAGGAUAUCACCACGCGCGCGAAAUCUUAUUAAUCACAGAGCAAGAGGAAGCCAUUGUGACUUGCCCCGAUGACGAGGACAUAAACGACGCAUUUGCAUCUUCUAUUGCAGACAUGCAUCGCAGCUUCCGUCGAAAACAUGAAAUUUUGUCUCGAGGCAAGCAGUUACUGUUACUUUCAGCUAAAUUUGCGAUGCUGAAGGAGAAUGAUGUUGUGAAUGAAGAUGCUGACGGAAACAAGAAUGUACAGUUUGGUCCAGGUGUUAAAAUUCGUGCUGAUCGCCGAGCACCAGAUGCUAUCGCUCCCGUCUACGAGUUAAAACACAUUUUUCAGAACAAAAGUCACUGUGCUCGAGCUCACGUUUGGGAAGGCGAGGUAAAUUAUGCUGGUGGCGAGUCAACGGGCGAUGUGGUAGUGGCGUUUAGCCCCGCAGGUAAUCCUGAAACAAUUCGUGAUGUGUGGGGGGGACUUUUGGUCGGGCUGGGCUGA